AUGCCUCGCUAUCUCGUUAUCUCCUUUCCCUCUCUCUUCUGCUCAUUUAUCCUCGCAUCUUCCCUCUCACUAUUGGAUCUCUCUCCCUGCAAGGUUAUAUGUAAGAUUACUGGGGAUUUGGAAGAUCGGAUUCUGGAAACCGCGGAGGAGAUCAGUGGUCCCGUCGAUAAAGCAAAGGCUAGGGCGAGGAAACAAAGAGAGUUAGAGAAGUCGAAGAAAGCUUUAGAGAGUGCUGCAUCAACCGUGAGAAUCGGGGCCAAGGUUGCUGCUGCUCAACGUCUCAAGGAGCUGAAAAGGUUGCAGAUGCUCUGA